GAAGUACAUUACAUAUUUUAAAAAUCUUUAAAAUUUAAUCUUUAAAUUUAGCUGGUUUUGCAUAAGUAAUUGUAAGGAAAAUAAAAAGUUGCUACUUGUGUCUAAUUAUGCACAACACCAUUUAAAAUAAUUUACAUUAAUGCAAUUAACUAAGACUGUAAGUUUAUAUGGUUUUUUUAAUGAAGGGCAAAUAAGAGGAAAGGAAAACUAGAACAAUACGGCAUAAUAUAAUAUGCUCUUAUUUAAAAAAAAAAAAAAGUAAAAUAUGGCUUGGUAAUUACACUCCAUGAAGAGUUUCACUGAAUCAUUUCCAGUAUGCCUGUUUGAAUAAUUGUUUAGGGUUGGGCUUGCCAGUAAACAUUCAUUAGGAAUUUAACAUCCUGUACACAGAGGAUAAAUCACUGGUUUAAAUUACAGUAACUGAUGCUCCCAUUAAAUAACAUUAAAGAAGCCAGUUUAGUCUGACAGCUGUGUACAGAAAAUAAGUACUGUAUUUCCAGAAAGUGUGUUUGACAUCAAAGGUAUGAAGUGUAUGAUUCAUUAUUUCCAGCUUCCUGUCUCAAGGAUUUGCAUCAUCAAGAUUCUUGGAGUAAGUUGCAUUUAAAGUGAAAGGAAACUGAAAGAAACUGUAUUGAUUGUGCAAUGCUCCUCCUAUUUAGCAGCUCUUGCCUCUGGUAUACCUGCUUGGAAACGUUCAUUCCCAGUACAGUGAAGGCAAACCUGCUGUGUUUGUGGAGAAAAGCUCAAGUUGUAGACCAGCAAGUAUUUUGAUUCAGACGAGGAUUUCAUCUUUAACUGAACAUUCAAGAUGGUGCGUGGCAUACCUCUGAAGAAUGCAAAAGAUGACAACAAGGAAAUUGUCAAAUCACCUGUAGUACCUGAAAACAAGAAUCUGCCUCCAGGAAAUGGCGCUCAGAAGAAGCUGCCCUUCCCUAAAGGUGACCCUCGAGGAGAAGUUGCUGUUGGGAAGGAUUUGCCUAUCUCUAAUGAACUGGACCGCUGGAUCAGGCAGCGAGGCCGAGACUUACGCCUGCGCCUGGUUGACCGACAGAAUGCUGUGAAACUGGUCAAUAAUCUGAUAAAGGAUUUAGUGAAGUUCCUGAAGGAAAAUGAUGAGCAACCUUUUUUUAAGCAUGUUUCUGUUCUCAAUAGUGGAAGCUACUAUGAAUAUGUGAAGAUUAAUAAACCCAAUGAGUUUGACAUCAUGCUGAAACUUAAAACACCCCGAAUUGUGUGGGAAAGUCUUGAGAAAUAUAAUGGACUUUUCUAUACCAUUUCCCUCUCACGAGCUUUACGUGGUGAAAUACGGUCAUUCCUCUUAGAAGAUGGACUCACUAUCUCAGCCUCCAAAAUAAUGAAUGAAAUGCACCAUUUAGUUCGUAAAUUCAUCAAAAAACAUAAAGUGCCUGCUGGUGAAGGGCAUUGGGUGGUGCGCAGGAGAAAGGUAAAUUCUCCAGCUGUGACCCUGGAAUUCCUGGAGGAAAACAAGGGGACAGAAGUACUGUCUGUGGACAUUGUUCCUGCCCUCGAGGUGCCACAAGGCUGGCCAGCAGGUGCACGGGCUGGUGUGGAUGUGGACAACUGGCUUGGGAAGAACAAUCGACGCAAAAUUCUUGGGCAGCCUGUUUUCUUUGUUCCAAAGAGACCCAAAGCACGAAACCUCAGUGAUAUUGAAAAAGAGAGCUGGAGAAUAUCCUUCUCUCAUAUUGAAAAAUAUUUGAUCAGGUUCCAUGGCAACAAGAAGACAUGCUGUGAGCGUAAACAAACUGAAUGCUGCCGGAAACUGUGUUUGCGGCUCCUCAAGUGCCUGUUUGAGGGACUGAAGCAUACCUACCCCAAAGAGCUUGAUCCUCUAUGCUCCUACCAUGGGAAAACUGCUUUCUUUUACAACCUCUGUGAGAGGUUUGAAGACUCAUUGUGGACUCCUGGACAGCUCUCAGACUGCUUUAUGAAACUUCUGUGGCACUUUGAGUGUGCUGUAAAUGAUGGCUCACUUCCCCACUUCUUUGUUCCAGACCACAAUCUGUUUUCUCCAUCCACUUUCCCCAGGCGUUCUCUCCAGUUCCUUGGCAAUGCUUUGAAGGAGCAAAGGGAGUCAGGGCUUCCUCUUUUGCAGGUCCCAGAUCCUGCCCCGGCACUUUGCUACAGUCCUGACCUUCAACUUCAGCCUCAGCAAAUUUCCCCAGAACCAAAGUGUGACACUGUUGCAUGUGGAAGCAGCUCUUUUCAACAGAAUACUAUUUUGCAUUUUGGACAAGCCAUGCUGCUUGUGGCUUGUACUAUAUUUUUGACCAUCAUAUGUACACAUUACAUAUAGCUAUCAAGCUUGUACUGUAUUUACUGUGGAUGACAUCCCAAUACUGUGUGUAAAUACAUGGAAAAUAAGAAUUUUAAAAUGGUGGAAGCAGCUUAAAAAGAACAUAUUUACUAUGCAUGGGUUAUGGUUUAAUGAACAUCAACUUUCUGAUCAUGUGCAUUUGAAAUGUUUUUGAAAUUGCAUUUUAACGAUAGGGCAGCACAGUGGAACAGUGUGGAGUGUUCUAACCUCACAACUCCAGCGUCUCUGGUUGGAUCCUGAGCUAUGUGGAGUUUCUGUACGUGCUAUCCCUGUAUCCAUGUAUGUUUCUUGCCCAUUCCAAAAAUACACCUGUUGGUGCACUGGCAACUCUAAUGUAUGUGUGAAUGGACUGGUCUCCCAUUCAGGAUGCAUUCCAGCCUCAUGCCCAGUGUUCUGAGGAUAGCUUCCAGUUCUACCAUGACCCUGACCUGAAAAAUCAUUCAUUCAUUCAUUCAUUCAUUCAUUCAUUCUCUAUACCCCUUAUCCAUUACGGGUCAUGGCUGAGCUGGAGCCAACCCCAACUGACACUGGGCGAAAGGCAGGGUACACCCUGGACAGAGAGACAGACCACCAUUCACCAUCACAUUCGCACCUAUAGGCAAUUUAGAGUAGCCAGGUGACCUAGUCCGCAUGUUUUUGGACUGUGGACCAGAGGACCCAAAGGAAACUCAUGCAGGCACAAUAGGAACAUGCAAACUCUGCACAGAAAGACCCUGGUGGACCAGCACGUUCAAACUCAGAACCUUCUUGAUGUAAAGUGACAGAGCUAACCACUGCAGCACUGUACCACCCACCUGAAAAUUAAUAAUAUUUACUUUGAAGUUAAUAGUCUGAAAAUGUAAAAUUGUUUAUCUAUCAUGAAUAUAUGUUCUUUCUCAUAGUGUAAGUGAAAUUAUGCAUUCUGAGUAAAUUAUUUGUGACACCAAGCUAUUUACUUUACAUUUACUGUAAAACUGAAUGUACUGUUAGUGUAGAAUUAUAAUAUAAUAUAACCAUAAAUGUAAACGUCAAUAC